AUUCCACGCACAAUCUGCUAAGUAUAUUUACAGAUUCUCGAGCCCAAUCCACCCGAUCAGCCUGGGACUGACGAGCUGGGCUCUUCUCUGUUGGCGAUUUAGCUUGAAGUUCGAAACACAACCACCUCCCUACCUGGAACCACCUGCCAACCAUGGCGACCACCCGACCCCCAACCUCCCAGAUCCGAUUCCCGGGCCCUCUCCCCGACGACGUCAUAGUCGACAUCCUCGCCGAGUCCCUCUCCAGCCCGCCAACCUGCGCCCUAGACCUCCUCUGCCCGGAAUGGCACAUCUGCGCCCGCCCGGACCCCGAGCUCGAGCGCAUCCUCCGCACCACCCGCGUCGACACCUACACCCUCCCGCUCGACCCGCCCACCGCCACGGAGCCGUUCGGCACCAUCUCCACCACCUUCGACCACACCGAGGCCGACCACAUCCGCCUCCCCUUCAUGCGCGACCCGCGCGAGCGCUUCCACAUCGCCACCACCUCCGGCGCCGACGAGCAGCUGUCGCCCGGCGACCCGCGCCAGGCCUACCUCAUCACCGAAGACGACGACGCCAAGGCCAAACUCAAACACGCCAAGAAACAGGACGGUUCCCUGCCGCGCGACAUGCAGCGGGCGCUGAUGCGGCGGUGGGCGGGCCGCAGCGCCGUCGUGGUGUCGCAGCGGCCGGCGCCGCGCCAGCUGCACCCGGCGUGGGAGGACAUGGGCUGCCAGACGAUCCACGGCAUGAUGCUGCUGCGGGACGAGGCCGCCGUGCGCCUGCUGCCCUACGAGGACGACGAGUUCCUCAUCCAGGACGACCCGCACCGCGCCCAGAAGCGCCGCGUGCUGUGCGCCGCCGACUGGUCCGAGAAGGACGUCGUGCCCUUCGCCGAGGAGGAUCAUCCGGCGGGGCAGGAUUUCUUGUUUGCGCGUAUUCGGCAUCUGGUGGUCAAGACCGUGCCGGCGCUGACGGAGGCGGCGUUUCAGGAUGUGGCGGACAGCCCGUGGGUCGAGGUACGCUCGCUGGGGAGUGUGGAGGCGGUGGCGUUGUGGGAGAGGUUGGAGGAUGAGCGGCUCUUGCACUUCUACGUGCGGUGGGAGGCGAUGGAGCAGCUGGAGACGCUGUUUCUGGACCUGAGGGGCUAUAGCGCGGCCAACAGAACUCACAGCAACUUUGAGGUGGGGCGGAUUGCACACAUGCUUCAGGGGAAGCGAUUGAAGGUGUUGGUCAUUGCCGGGCUGCGAUCCUGGCAUCUCUAUCCCGGUUGGGAGCCGUUGACCAUCCAAGACGUGUUGGCAGGGGAGUGGGAUCCCAUCUUAAGGCUGUACUCGACCGGGAGGUUCGGGAGGGAUAUUAACAUGCUCAAGUCUUUUCGGGGGGCGGUCCGGCCUGGCGGGAAGCUUGUGUUCGUCGAUAUCGACCGGGAGGAGCCGGAAGCGGACUAACGAGCUCACGGUUUCCGUCUCUGGGUAUAAAUUUGAUGUAUAAGAUGCCCAAGGCAAGGUACUACCACAGCAUCUGCUUCGCAUCUGCCGUGAUAUCA